AUGUCCACUGAAAAUGUGGAAGGGAAACCCAAUAACCUUGGGGAGAGAGGAAGAGCCUGGAGCUACACUUUCCUCAGGGUUGUCCAGCCAGUGUUUAACCACAGUAUUUUCACUUCUGCAGUCUCUCCUGCCGCAGAACGCAUCCGAUUCAUCUUGGGAGAGGAGGAUGACAGCCCAGCCCCCCCACAGCUCUUCACGGAACUGGAUGAGUUGCUGGCCGUGGAUGGGCAGGAGAUGGAGUGGAAGGAGACAGCGAGGUGGAUAAAAUUUGAAGAAAAAGUGGAACAGGGUGGGGAAAGAUGGAGCAAGCCCCACGUGGCCACACUGUCCCUUCAUAGCUUAUUCGAGCUGAGGACGUGUAUGGAGAAAGGAUCCAUCAUGCUGGACCGGGAGGCUGCUUCUCUCCCACAGUUAGUGGGUAGCCCAGCCAUGACCCAUAGGAAUCUGACUUCCUCCAGUCUGAAUGACAUUUCCGAUAAACCGGAGAAGGACCAGCUGAAGAACAAGUUCAUGAAAAAACUCCCACGUGAUGCAGAAGCUUCCAACGUGCUUGUUGGGGAGGUUGACUUUCUGGAUUCUCCUUUCAUUGCCUUUGUUCGGCUACAGCAGGCCGUCAUGCUGGGCGCCCUGACUGAGGUCCCUGUGCCCACAAGGUUCUUGUUCAUUCUCUUAGGUCCCAAGGGGAAGGCCAAGUCCUACCAUGAGAUUGGCAGAGCCAUUGCCACCUUGAUGUCCGACGAGGUGUUCCAUGACAUCGCUUACAAAGCAAAAGACAGGCAUGACCUGAUCGCUGGCAUCGACGAGUUCCUAGAUGAAGUCAUUGUCCUUCCGCCUGGGGAAUGGGAUCCAGCGAUCAGGAUAGAGCCUCCUAAGAGUCUUCCAUCGUCUGACAAAAGAAAGAAUAUGUACUCGGGUGGAGAGAACGUGCAGAUGAACGGGGACACACCCCACGACGGAGGCCACGGAGGAGGCGGCCACGGGGAUUGCGAGGAGCUGCAGCGAACUGGACGGUUCUGUGGUGGACUAAUCAAGGACAUAAAGAGGAAAGCACCAUUUUUUGCCAGCGAUUUUUAUGACGCUCUGAAUAUUCAGGCUCUUUCGGCAAUUCUCUUCAUUUAUCUGGCAACCGUAACUAAUGCCAUCACUUUUGGAGGACUGCUUGGGGACGCCACUGAAAACAUGCAGGGCGUGUUGGAGAGUUUUUUGGGCACCGCUGUCUCGGGAGCCAUCUUUUGCCUUUUUGCUGGUCAACCACUCACUAUCUUGAGCAGCACCGGACCUGUCCUAGUUUUUGAGAGGCUUCUAUUUAAUUUCAGCAAAGACAAUAAUUUUGACUAUUUGGAGUUUCGCCUUUGGAUUGGCCUGUGGUCAGCCUUCCUGUGUCUCAUUUUAGUAGCCACUGAUGCCAGCUUCUUGGUUCAGUACUUCACUCGUUUCACGGAAGAGGGCUUCUCUUCCUUGAUUAGCUUCAUCUUUAUCUACGAUGCUUUCAAGAAGAUGAUCAAGCUAGCAGAUCACUACCCCAUCAACUCCAACUUCAAAGUGGGCUACAAUACUCACUUUUCCUGUGCCUGUGUGCCGCCUGACCCAGGUGAGGGCAUCGUGCUUACUGUCUGCGCUGGCCCUGUCUUUGGAGGAAGGCGUAGGCUCCAUGCUCGCAAAUUUUCAAAUUGCUGUCAUGAUCCUCAGGAAUUGGGUCUUCUUUUAUGUUCUCUGAGAAGCUAA